AUGUCUUGUCAGCAGGGACCGCGUUUGAAGGUCGACAAGCGCUUGCCUAUUACAACGGCAGAAUUGAGAAUUUUGAAAGAUGUGUGGGCAAAAAGAUCACCAUUUUACGACGCAGCAAUGCUAUGGGCUGCAGUCUGCACGGGUUUCUUUGGCUUUAUGCGAGCGGGAGAGUUUACCGUGAGCUUCGUAGCAGCAUUCGACGCCUCUGUUCACCUGGCUCCACAAGACGUCAGCAUCGACUCACAUGUCACUCCGUCUGUGGUGUGCAUUCACCUAAAGCAAUCGAAAACAGACCCGUUCCGUCAAGGUGUAAACAUCUCUUUGGGUCGAUCGAAACAAGAAAUUUGCCCAGUGGCUGCUCUGCUGAGCUACAUGGCGCUCCGAGGCAGCGCGCAAGGCCCCUUAUUUCUCUACGACGAUGGCACGUCACUCUCGCGCAAUAGGCUGGUCCGAGAAGUUUAA